AUUAACACUCGUUUUGGACCAUACAGAGGAGAGGUACUUUCGCUUAAAGACGCAGAGGAUGGAAGAGAUCCUGCGUAUAUGUGGGAGAUUGUACAAGGAGGAAAGGUUGUAUAUUGUAUUGAUGGUAAGGAUCUUGCUCAAGGUAAUUGGAUGAGAUUUGUGAAUUGUGCAAGAUUUGAAGAAGAACAAAAUAUAAUUGCAUAUCAAUAUAAUGGAGAAAUUUACUACCGAGUUUAUAAAGAGAUUGAAGCCGAUAAAGAAUUGCUUGUUUGGUAUGGAGAUGAGUAUGCUGAACAGUUGGGAAUAUCGUUGUUUGAUGAGGAAGAUAAUGACAAGCAUCAGUUUGAAGUUGGAGGUCACAGCUGUAGACACUGUGGAAGGAUGUAUACUUAUCCCGAUUAUUUAGAGAAACAUUUAAAACGAUGUCCAAUGCUUGUUUGUACGAAUCCCUGGGAAUGUCCACGUUGUGGUCGAAAGUACAGUAGUGAAGACUAUCUAAAUGUUCACAUGAAAAAUGAAUGCGGAAAAAUCCACGAUUAAAACGACAUGUGAGGGUUCAAACAGGAGAGAAACCUUAUCAAUGCAAACAUUGUGGUAAAACAUUUAGACACCUUUCUAAAUUGAAUGAACAUGUUAGGAUACAUACUGGAGACAAACCUUACCAAUGUGAAAAUUGUGGUAAAAGAUUUACAGUGCUUGGUAACCUAAAACGUCAUGGUAUGAUACAUACAGGAGAGAAACCUUAUAAAUGUGAACAUUGUGGUAAAACAUUUUACAAUUAUGAUUUAAAUAAACACCUUAGGAUACAUACAGGAGAGAAACCUUAUCAAUGUCAACAUUGUGGUAAAACCUUUACACAGCUUUGUAGCUUAAAACGUCAUGGUAUGAUACAUACAGGAGAGAAACCUUAUAAAUGUGAACAUUGUGGUAAAACAUUUCAGAACUGUGAUUUGAAUAAACACCUUAGGAUACAUACAGGAGAGAAACCUUAUCAAUGUGAACAUUGUGGUAAAACAUUUUCACAGAAUUGUGAUUUGAAUAAACACCUUAGGAUACAUACAGGAGAGAAACCUUAUCAAUGUCAACACUGUGGUAAAACAUUUGGUAAAACAUUGAUACAUACUGGAGAGAAACCUUAUCAAUGUGAACAUUGUGGUAAAAGUGUCUAUGAUACAUACUGGGAGAAACCUUAUCAAUGUGAACAUUGUGGUAAAAGAUUUACAAGUCUAAUAAUUUAA